UUGACAAAUUAUACAUUCUAUUUGUUUCUACAUUCUGUUAAAAUUUCUAAAAUUUAAUCAUUAUUCAAAAUUAAAGUAUUUAUGGCUUCGCAUACUUCAUUAGAUGCCCAAGUCUGUUCCUGUGGCUGUUGUAAGCCACGACGGAGAAGAAUGCAGAGGAGUCGACGAAGACGUUCAAGAUCUCCAUAUCGAAGGCGUAGAAGUUGUUCAAGACCACGCCGAAGAAGCCCAUGCCCAACCAGAAGAAGGUCAAUACGUAGAAGAUCACGACGUCGAGUUAAAUACUGUAAACCAGGAGUAUGUGUGGUAUGUGGCCAGAGUCCAUGUGCAAAAAGCUGUAGUUGUGGUUGUAACAAAUGUCGAUGUGUAGAGUGUAAUAAAGCAGCAAUAACUCCCUCUGAUUGUAAUACAUCUUCAAAUGCAUUCAUGAACUUUUUAAGUGCGUAUAAACGUAAAUGUGGAUGUAAUAGGAAUAUUGUUAAUAUUGCUGCAGAAGCAGGACGUAUCUGGAAUGAUAUGAGUGACGAAGAACGUGAAGAAUACAAUUAUAAGAGUCCUAGUGAUGACAUUCAAAUAACGGUAGGAGUUUCCCCAGAAUUCAACGAUGGCAUAGUCGGGCUGGCGGGGGAGGAUAAUGUAGUGGAGUUGGGCUACCGUCCAGGGAAUCGAGAUGAAAUUGAUCCAUCUAUUCAUGACGAAUCAAGCAACGAACCAGAUAAUGUACAACGCGCAUAAAAUAAAAUGUUUUAGUAAACAAAUAUUAGUAAAAUAUUUUGUAUAAGAAUUUUAUAUAAGGAUUUCUGUAAAAUUGUGGUGUUAAAUUGUGUGAUCUGUAAAUUUUAUUAUUUUUUAACAAUAAAUUUUUUAUUUUUGUAAUAA